AUGGCCGUCGCCACCCAUAUCUCUUGUGAGAUUGUAAGAGGCUGGGUCAAGGUUCCAACAAAUGACAUCCUUUCCGUCCAUGAAGUCAUGUACAACUUGCGUGAUCCUGAUGUCAGAGAGCCUGUGGACCUUCUUUCCCUUCCUCUGCAUGAAUCUGAAACACAUAAGGAGAUCAACAUCUAUGACAAGGAGGGUCGCCGCAUCCAUCAUUUGAUUGGUAGGAAUUGCACCAAUGCUCCACAAUGCAGUAUUCUUGUCAACAUCAAGACAAUUUCUCAACUGUUCUCUUUGUAUGUUGCUCAUGAUGAGCACUUGGAUAUUGACGCAGACAUUCCAGACCUCAAUGAUGAGCAGGCUGUCAAGAUCAAUGUGUAUCCUCGAGCUUUUUUGCACAAGUAUGGCCACCUGCAGUCUGAUUCCAUUCUCCCUCACUUCAAGACAUUUGUCAGCAAAGUUCAAGCAAAUAUAACAUGGGGUCAACAAUGUACCUACAGAAUGGAUGAUGAUGACAAUGAACACAUGAAGGCAGACGAUGGGCAAGCAAUACCUCCUGCCAUCAUUGGUUCUGGCUGUCAGUUUUAUAAUGAGAUCUCUCAUCAAAUCCAACCAAACACUGGCCUUGGUCGUAUCAUGCUUUGUUACAUUUUUCAUCACUUUGUCAGCUAA